UCGGCCAGGUAACUACAUCGGGGACCAGAUUCAUCUCGUGAUCGAGUCAAAAUGGUGUUACCAAAUACCGGGCACACACCAGAGUUCAGGCACAUGAAGGGUGCAGAUGUCGAAAAAGGGGCGCUGCUCGGAACAGGUGCUUUCGGAGCAGUCUACAAGGCCAGGCACAGGGAGUAUGGCGAGGUGGCAUUGAAGGUUGUCAGCACCGAUGCUGUCAUCGACAAAGAUGAUGAGAAAGAGUUGACCCAAGAGGCUUACAGCCUGGCCAGGGUGCCAAACCAGUACGUGACCCUGUUAUAUGGAGUCAUCUUGGAGCCAGGCAACUACAGCCUGGUGAUGGAGUUUGUGGAGCACGGUUCACUCGACAAGUUCAUGAAGAAGGUGAACAUCCCCUGGGAACUGAAGAUCCGCAUGAUCCGGGACAUCACAUGUGGCAUGAACUUCUUACACAGCUUCACGCCAAAGAUCAUCCAUCGUGACCUCAAGAUGCAGAACAUUCUGGUGAAUGGGAGUCUUCAUGUGAAGAUAGCAGAUCUUGGCCUGGCAAAGUGGCGCACAUUCUCCAAGAAGUACAUGAAGAAAAGGUCCAAGGACAGGACAGCAGGAACCAUCACACACAUUCCACCAGAAAACCUGUUGGACAUCAACAAGAAAGCAACAGAAACAUUUGAUGUUUACAGUUUUGGAAUUCUACUGUGGGAAAUAAUUACUGGGAAGGAACCGUAUGAAGCAUGUGGUGGAAAUGAAGCAUUGCUUACUGUGGGAGUGUGUCAGAAUCAGAACAGACCCAGUGAUAAGGAGAUUCCAGAAGACUGCCCAGACUGGCUGAAAGAUCUGAUGAAAAGGUGUUACCACCAAGACCCAGAACAAAGACCACUUUUUCCCGAAUCCUACAAAAUUGUUCACAAGAGACUGACUGAUGACUACACUGAAGCUAUGAUAAAGGAUGCAGUGCAUGUCGUCCACAGAGCUCUGCAUACUUCAGACAGAACUGCAGGAAUGGAACAGGAGAGGAAAGUCCCCACAGUUAUUGCUCAGCCGUCCUCACCAGAUGGAACCAUGGAAGCCACCAGACAACUGGCAAAUCUCCAGUUUGGAAGGACCACUCCAGAAACACUGGAAACAGAUGCUGUCACUGAACAGCCAUCUCAAGAAGCAUCUUCUGCCAGCAACUCCACACACAUGUCUGCAACUGGAUCAAAGCAAGAAGAGCCAUCUUCUCAAGGGGCAGCAGCUACAACUGGGGUCACAGCUGUCUCGGAAAGCCAGUACCACACAGACGGACGUGCACUACGUGCAAGGGGUAAGACAGCGGAUGACAAGGCAAAGUGCUCACCAAGUGCAGCAGCUCCACCAACAGUGCCAGAUCAUGCAGCAUCCAGGAUCACCGUGCCUACCCAGGACAGCAUGUCACCACCACAUGAUGAUGAGAGAGUGAAGAAGGGAAAAGUCAUUGGCCCCCCAAGUGGAGAUGGCGACAAUGAAAGCUUCCCAACACGUAACCGAGUUGGGAUGCCAGCAGAGACAACAGCUUAUCAGGAUACAAACGAGCCUGGACUUCCUCCAGGGGUCUUCCCUGGUGCAGGCAUGCAACCUCCACAUUAUCCCUACACAAUGCCAGUUGCAGGAGGAUUUAUGAUCUAUUCUCAAGCAGCACACAUGCCCCCCAUGAACUUCUCUGCUGCAAUGCCUGGCACCACACCCCAAGGAGGAUUCUCAUGUGUAAAGACAGGCUCUGAUGGAAGCACUACAGUUAUCAGUAUGCAGGGCCAGAUGGAUGGAGUUCAGAUUGGAGACAAGAAUGUCAUGUAUGUGAACAGUGGUGGUCGCGGGCAGGUGCGUGGAACCGGUGGGUAUCGCCGUGUUCCACCUAGAAGGGUCGUGGCAGGAAAGCCAAUAACGACCGAUACCAGAGUCAUCACUAAGGAGGACAUAACAGUCAUUUCGGAGAACUUGGGCAGUACUUGGAGGAAGCUCGGAAGGCAUCUGGGCUUCACCGAGGGAAAACUUGAUGCCUUUGACAGUGACUAUGCCAUUGAUGGGCUGCAGGAAAAGAUCUACCAGAUGUUGGUCGCGUGGAGGAGGAUGGGGUCAGAUGAUGCUACAGCUGCUAAACUUGCUGAAGCUCUGUGUUCUAUUGGCAAGGCAGAUGUAGCUGUGUAUCUGUAAGUGUACUAAGACAUUGCAAUUCUACAAUAGCCUGAAAUCCAUUCUUGUUUAACUGGUGUCUGCUCCUACUACUGUAGGUCCAGGAACAAAUGUGUUUCCGGUUACAUGUAACUGAGGCCUCAAUUUGCAUAGUUGAUAUUUAAAGAUAUUCCUCUCUUUUUUAGUUACAUAUGUGACAAGUUUGAGAGUCAUGGACUGCAGUGUAUUUAUAAACUUUCCUCAUUAAUUAUGCAAAUUAUAUGUUGAUUUGCAAAAUUAGCAUCCAAUCAUAUGCAUUUUCACUUAGGCUAUCUGCAUACCAAAAAUCAUGAUCUGUCUACACGUUCAUGUGGUAUCAGAAGUUCUAUUGCAGUACCUUGGGAAGCCGCUAGCCACCUACCAAAUAUCAUCAGGGUCCAUCCAAGGCUUGUUGAGUUGCUGUUCACACACACACACACACCAAAUUAUAACCUUCUUGGCAAAGGGCCCACUAGUAUGUGACCUUGUUACUGCGGCAGAGCUUCUGUUUUUCUAUCUUUUGACCUAGACGUGGUAUGGUCUUGAUUUUUUGGUGGCAGAUAGCUUCCGAUGUAAAGAAGUGGAGUAUGUUUCAACCCCCUGGCAGCUUGCUCUGAAACUGCAGGGGCAUUUUUGUCAACAUCUUCCAAGGAGAAUAACCAAACAAAGGAAUGACAGAUUUUCAUAUUUGUUAUACAGGUAGCUUAGACAGAGAUGUACAUAAGUAAUGAACUGCAAAUUAAGCAAAUUGGGACUUAUUUUGCAUAAUUAAAGAGGAACAUCUAUAUUUACAGUGUCCUAUUUACAUGUAGGACUCAAGUACAAAAUGCACUGUAAAUGCAUUUAAGUUCGCGGGGAUUUAAUUUCGCGGUAGCGGGAAAAUGGACUUUUCGCGGUGUUUUUAAUUUCGCGGUAGCAUCAUGAACUGCAGUUUCUUACUGUUAUGGAGAACUUUUCGCGGUGGUUUUAGAUUCGUGGUGAAGCGGCCACCGCGAAAACCGCAAACAUUAAUCCACCGCGAACAUUUCUGCAUUUACAGUAGUUUAUGGUAAGUGAAACGUUAACAGACACUAAUUGUCUUACUGCCCCUACGGCUUCCUGAGCUACGGGACUGAGUAACUUAAUAUGCACAAUCAAUGCAAACGUGCCAUAAUUCAUAAGGGGUGAAUGAUUGGACUGUCAACAUUGUUACUUGUGUAUGUUAGCUAAAGGUGUAGAUAACCAAGCAUAGAUUAUUUAGAUGUGGGCAUCAUUUGCAUAAUCAGACCAUGUCAUGGAGAUACAAGGUCUUUGCACUUCGUUCUGUUAGGCUCAGUUACUAGUAUUCUAUACAACUGCCUACUGUGUCACAGAUGAAUGUAAAUAUUUUCUAGAAUCUCUAAACAGCAGUGUGAGGCCUCAUAAUUUUACUCAGUUACUGUAGCUAAUGAUAGAAUUUUUCCAUUCCAUGCAUUUCAACGUAGGUUUUAGGUCACAGAAGAUACAUGAUGUAUGAAAUUUAAUGGAUCAUCAAUUGCCUUUGUUUUUUAAUUCCGAACCGUUUAUAUGCAUAAAAGCAAUUAUGCCUGAAAAAGCGAGUCUAAGGAGUUCAUGUAUGUGAACUGAGUAUAUUUGGUUUUGAGCAAGGACACAGUGACUAGUGACAGUGACAGUGACUAGUGUGCCCACCAAUUUUUUACUUUCAAUACAAAAAAUUAUCAUUGUCAGAUUUGUGAUAAUGUUAUAAAUAAGGUUGAAAAACAAACUGCAAAAUGAAUAAAUAUAAUGAAAGACAACUGCAGGACUGCUUGUAAAAAUGUAUAAAGUCAAAGGUUUUAAAACCAACUCAUGUUUAAGUCCACAACCUUUCAAAUCUUUUUAUAUCCUCUUGAUCUUGUAAAAGAAGAGAGAUGUAUAUUUCCUGUGACGACUUGUUGGGGGCAACUUUGGUGUUGUUUUUUUAAUAGAAGUUUUACUAAUUUGAAAGAAUAAAUGAACAAAAAUUAUUAUAUCCAACUUCAUUGUUGGUAAAACUUACCAACUGCUACCCACUGCUUGAUACAAAUUACCAGUUCUCAAUGGGAAAGAUGUGGACCAUCGUCAUUAGUAGUACCUGUCUAAAUACAUGUAUACAGGUCUUGAGGAACUCAGUACUUUUACAAAUAUGCUUCACUCAUGAUCAUUACCAUAAAGAUUAAGUUCAGAAAUACAUUUUGUAUAUUUGCAAAUUUUGAGUGCUAUAACGGUAUAUUGGUUUUUGAGCAAAUUUGGUGCAUUGAUGAGGACAAAUACAAUGUUCAUAUGAGGGCAUGAUACAUGUGAAUUUUUCCUGUGUGUGUUCAUUUUCUUAUCAUGAAGUCUUUGAUAGGAUGUUAACAAAACUACCAUUUAACAAUUGGAAACCUUAAGCUUUAUUUGUACAUGUAUAUGGGAAUUCACUUGCAGAGCUCAGAAACCUGAAAUGUUAGAAAAUUUUUGCUGAGGUUGCCCAGUGGGUGAAACUGCAAAGGUGUUAGAAACUGGCUAUAAAAAGGAUUUCGAACCCUGUGGUGCAUUAUAAUAUAUUUUAAUGUAGUUCCAGUGAAAGAAGAUGAAACAGAGGCACUGUUUGUGAUCAUUUAUUUAAAAAAAAACACAGUUCAAAAGAAGAAGAAAAAUGUUUUGCUUUCCAUAUAUUUUCUUCCAGUAUGUGGCUAUGUAUACACAUGAUCCAUGAUGUUUGUCUUUCUUAGUCUUUCCAUACUGAGUUGACCCAACUUUAUGUCUGAGACUCUCUCUCUCUAAUUUGUUCAAUUGUAUUAAAAAAUUGAAAUUCUAGAA